UUCAUGUCUGAUGCUGAGGAGCAGACACGAAGUUUGAUCUGUUUCUGUGUUUUCCAGUAUGGCUACAGACUGCCUGAGCUGGCAGAGGAUGAGGUGCUGUACUGCAGCGUCUACUUCAGGCUGCUGGGAGAGAUACUCUUCAGAGUUCCUUUCACCUCCGUCCUGAGCAGCUACCCUCUGAGCUGCAUCCGCCUGCAGCCGGUGCAGCGUUGUCCUCGGGUCGACCUGCAGGGGGCGCUGGGCGGCUUCCUGUCUGACGUCAGGCACACACUGAAGACUGUGUGUGGCUUCCCUGCACAUCUGAGCAGACAGCCCUGUUACCGUGCAGUCCGGCUGAGCAGCGCUGGAUCUUUACAGAUGUUGAAUGGUUUGGAAAUCAACCUGACCACCUCCUGCUCCAUCAGGCCGGUCCUCACCCAGCUUCCUCCACCCCCUCCUCCACCCCAGCCUCUGCAGCCUUCAGCCUGGACCCCUCUGUCCCAGCAGGAAGGAGCUCAGGAGCUUCUGGACAAAGGACGUGGCUUCAGCAGGAGACUGACACAAAGUCAGGGGUGUGGAGGCAGAGACUGGCCUCCGUCUUCCUCCAUCUCCUCCUCACAUGCUGCUUUUUCCUCUUCUGACUCCUCAGAUCAAGAAUCACAACCUUCCUGCUCCUCCUCUUCUUCCUCUUUUCUCCUGCACUUCCAGCCAGCCUCAUCCCUCAGCUCCUCCUCCUCCUCCACCUCCUGCUCUUCUCUCCCAGUCUUCCAGCCUGCUUCCUCCUUCAUCUCUUCCCACUCCUCCUCCUCAACUCCCUUGUCUGAAGUGGCGUUGAACCCUUCUCCCAAACUUGUUCCAGUCUUCAAGCGUCCAUCGCACCGCGUCACCAUUUCCCUGCUGCGUCCCCAAAAUCAGAAGCAGCUGGGUGGAGCUGUGGAAGGGUCAGCGAGGGUGACGGUGCCUUCCUUUAGGAAGGAGAUUCCCGCCACUGCUCCUCGCCUUUCUUCUUUAUCAGCUGCUCCCCCCCCAGUUCUUCCUUUGCCCAUCAUCCCUCACUUCAGCCGCCAUCCCAAACUCCACAGCAGCACUGCGGCUGCUCACCCGCCUCCGGCUCACAUCAAGCGCGUCUCCAGCCUCAGUCCUGUAACAAAGUUUAAACCGAGGAUUAUCAUCCCUCCAAAGCCGGAGAUCAAGACCGGCUCCAAAACCACCCUGAAGGUCAGCUCUGAAAGUGACGCUGUCACUGGCUGCAGAGAUGAAACACAGACGUCCUCUGAAACCUCAAACAAUGAAACCUCCAAACGCAGCACGAAGAGAGUUUCUUUUGACCUAAAGACGAAGAAAUCCAGAGCCGCAGUUGGAGACGUGGACGUGGAGAAUAUGGUCAAAACCAAUCAGUUGUCCAAGCUGAACUCUGCGACUCUGCUGCUGUGGCUGAAAGCUCGAGGCGUGAACGUCAACGCCAAACACAGGAAGGAGGAGCUGAUGAUGAAGGUCAUGAGCUGCCUGGCUGAGGCCUGAAGCACACACUGGCUCACCCCUCGCUGCAUUUACUUAAUAGAGUUACUUUGGAGUAUUAACGCUGCGCUAAGCUUUCCUUUUAAGAAUUUGAUGUAAAAUCUUAUCAGCCGGGACAGAUGAGAGCUUCUCAUCCUCGCUAAUUGAGAUGCUGAACAUUUGCCAACGUUAGAUUUUGGUGUCAGAUGAAGUCACAGCGGGUCCAGAGGAGGACCUUUGAUUAAAUGAAAGCACUGUUGGAAGCUUUCUCUUCCAUGUGACGCCUUCACUCGUGUUCACUUUGCUUUAUUGUUCAGCUUAUUAACUGUAAAACUGUUCAUUCACUGUGUGGAAGGUCCUCAGUGUUCCUACAGCAGCUGGUUCUGAGUCUUUUACCUGUGAGCCUCUAAAGAGCCACAGGGAGGUUUUACAAGCUGUUCACAAAGGUCAUGUCUUCACAGAAAGCACCAGCGUUCUGCAGCAGGUGUGUUUGUUCUGGAGCUGCUCACCACUGUUCACGACUGCACUGUAAUAAUUCUUAUUGAAGGUUUGAGAAUAAAAACGAAUUAUUAACCAGA